GAUACACUAUGUAACAUACGGUCUCGGUCGCUGGUGGUAUAAACUGAUCUCGUGUGAUAUAUAAAUACCAUAGACAGACUUUGCACACGCCAAAGUGUAAGACAGCAGUGUUAGACUGUCAGUCUGAUCGCCAUAGUAAACCCGUCAUGGGGCGGCCCAGGCGAGCCACGGCGGAGCCUGUCUCGUAUGCUGAGAACACCAAGGAUUCGUUUCUUGCAAGUGCACUCAAUCACAACAGCAAGGGCAUGGGGCAGUACCUGUCGUCAACAUCUAUGUCAACAACCAUACCGACGCAAAGAAAGAGGGUCAGAAAAGACUCGAUAGUGGAUAGUGCAGAGGCGAACAAGGAGAAUGUUAUCAAGAAGGCCGAUAAACCUGAUAGCAAAAGCAAAGCAAAAAAAGGGAAAGAUACAAAACUCAUAAAGAGCCAAGCUGGUGUUAAAAACCCCAAUAAACCAGUAGGACUAUCGAAGCGUCCACGGAUAGAAAAGCCACCAAUAUCCAAGGAGGUCGUAUCUAGUGUGAAGCCGAACAUAAAAAAAGGUUAAGAAGAU